CUAAGAGAUAUGCCUCAGCUUGGUGAAACUUCUAUUGAUAAAAUGCUAAAAUAAAUAAUAAUCUACAGACUAUAGUGUUUUAUUUGCUCAACCCUAUAUGGAUCUAUAGAUUCAGCACAAAUUAUGAGAGUGUAUUUAAUUAGGAGCUUUUUAAUUGAGAAAUGAACAUUAAGUAUAGAACAGGACACUUGCUAAUGUUCGAAGAUUCAUGAUAAUUAAGGAUGUGUAUAUAUGCAUGGAUCGAUGUUCUCAUAGUUAUGUGUUGUUAUGUUACUAUAGGCAGCGGAUUUGAUCCCGACUCGCUGGAUUUUUGUUCAUUUUUUAACAACAGAGCACCGUCACCACAACCUAGUCUCAGGAAUUGCACGUGGUUCAAGAAGAACAGUUGCUGCAAACAAGAAGAGAUAGAGGCGACCUUUGGUACAGUGAAACCUCUACCUGGCAGUUCUCCUGGAUGUCAGAGGUAUACGAAUUUCCUUAUGUGCUAUAUCUGCGCCCCGAAUCAGAACUUGUUUUAUGGACAGGAGAAACUGACUGUAUGUGAGGAAUUCUGUAACGCCUGGUACUCGGCUUGUUCAUCUGCUAUAUUGAAGGGAUCAGUCAUUGGCGACUUAUAUACCAACGGACGAGAAUUCUGUGAGAAGAGAAACUUUAUGUGUGAACCAAUGGCAAAUAAAAACUGUUUUAUACAGUUGUCUGACUAUGCAUUGAACCAUGGGUCCGGGGCUAGCCGAGUUUCCUCGUUACCCGCCGUCUUGGGCUCGAUGAUUUUUAUUUACAAAGUGGUCAUGAAAACCUUUUAACCUGUUAAUGUAAUUUUGGUAACUGCUGAACUGAUAUAGGCUGAAGACAACGAUUCAAUAGGAAGUUUCUAGUGUGUUUUACUGAAAAAUCUGCACUGCUUAUGAUUUUAAUACUCAUUCACUUAAAAAUGCAGUCAAGAUUGGUCAAGUGAAAAAGACCGAAAAACAAGUGAUUUUUCAAGCAUGUAUAUAUAUUAAUCGCCAAAUAUAUUGUAGGGAACAGAUGUAUGCCGAAUGUAAUUAUGGCUAAAAUAUACGAAUGUGCUAAACACGUGAUUUACAAAAUAAAAAAUAAAUAAAGAA